GAAUGAGUGCUAAAAAGUCUCCUGAAGAACUAAAGAACAUUUUCAAAAAAUAUGCAGCCAAAGAAGGUGAUCCAGACCAGCUGUCAAAGGAUGAGCUGAAGCUAUUGAUUCAGGCUGAAUUCCCCAGUCUGCUCAAAGUUGUAAGCAGCCUAGAUGACCUCUUUAAAGAACUGGACAAGAAUGGAGAUGGAGAAGUUAGUUUUGAAGAAUUCCAAGUGCUAGUCACAAAGAUAUCCCAGUGAAGAAAACAACAUCCUAAGCCCUGGA